GUUUUAGCUGUACUGUUAUUUCCCAUCCCACAGUUUCAUCCAGAGCAUUCUGAGUUGUACACACAUCUGGACUCUACAGGACAACAUGCUGAAUCUUCUUUUCAUCCUGGGGAUCUUGUGUCCCUUAAACUUGGCAGAAAUAGAAAUUCGACUGCUGGAUCCUAAAAUAGAUGGUGUGCUGGCGAGUCGGUUCCCAAACUCUUUUCUGCUGGGUCUGCCAGACUGCAGCGUUUAUGGAAACAAGUCCGCCGAGCUGCUGUACACAGAACUGCCGUCCAAUGAAAACAAAACAAAGAGUUUCAUCGUCCCAUCUUGUUCUGUCACUCGGCUGGGGUUGCUUCUGCAAAACCUAAAAAAUGGCACAACAUACAACAUGCAGUACAAAAUUGCAGGCUCAAAUGAUACAAGUGCAAACUUGACUAUGGCGACUACCAAUGUCAUUGAUUUCCAGCAGAUAGACAGUGGUCUUCCAGCGCGCAGUGGAGCCAUGGUGGUCAUCACCGUCAUUCUGUCUGUGGCUAUGGCGGCCCUCCUCAUCGGCCUCAUUGUUGUCCUCUUUUCCAGCUAGCCUGAACAUGAUGCACUUCAACACUAUAAAAAAAUUAUAAUAUAGAUACAUUUCA